AGCCGGCCGGCGUGGGGUGUUUCGAGCAUUGUAGACAUGUGCGUCGAGGCAGCCGGACGGCGGCAGCUGAAAAACGGCCCCGGGCCACUCAACACGCUCGCGUCCCUGUGGCACUGCGUGGCCGCGCUGGCGCUGAGCGCCGCCGCCGUGGUCCACAGCGUGGGCCGCUUCCCGGAGCUGGCGGCGCUGUCCCCGCCCGUCGAGCUGCUGCACGCGUACGUCGCCCUGGUGGGCGUCGGCGUCCUGCUGCUGCCCUUCGUCGCGGCCGCCGCUCUGGUGCGCGUCGGCAACCUGGCCAACGACGGCCUGGCCCUCGACGGCGAAGACGACGAGGACGAGGUCAAGAGGUCGCUGCCGAGGCUCUGCUGGCGUCACGGGCCCCCGACGGCGGCUGCGCUGCACGCCGCCUCGGCGCUGUGCCUGCUGCUACCGCGGCUCAUGGCGGACGCGGCGUUCGUGCGCUAUGGACUGCGACCUAGCGAUGACGUGUGGCGGACUGACCUGGACGUGGUGAUGUCGCCCCGCGAGCGGCAGACGGCGUUCUUUGCGGCCAACCUGGCAGAGUCUCCCUCCGACGCCGAACCGCCGUCGGUUGAGUUCGUCAACUACGUCCUGGCGCUGGUGGUUUGCGCGCUGCGCUAUCCCAGCGUGGUUUGGGACGCCAAGCGCGGAUUCGCGGUCCUCUUCGCCUUGUACCUGGCCCUCUGCGCGGGCCAGAGGAUACUGCUGUUCCCUGCCGCCUCCGUGCUUUACAAGGCCCACAUUGCCGGCGUGGUGCCCCCGUCACUGCUGACAGACUCCGCCACGCUGCUGGUACUAAUGGUCGCGCACGGCGGCUCAGUCGCCCUGUCGGGCCCGGCGCUGUACUGCGCUGCCACCCUGGACCGGCGGCGCGGCGCCAGCGCUGGCCUACUGCUAGUCUUCCUUGUGCUCGCCGCACUCUCCGGGGCGCCACUGGCGCACGACCUUGUGCGCGCGUACGCGUCCAGCCGGGACUGUCUAAUGGCGGCGGCCGCGGCCGCCAUGACAGUCCAGUGGGUCGUCUGGUCGGCAGCGGCCAUGUUGCUGCUGGCGUCGAAGAGGACACCACCUCCCCCAUGCGGGUGCGAGAAGAAGCGCCCGGCGGCAACGCAGCGGCCCAACGAUGACGAGUACGCCACGCUGCUCGACGUGUGGCGUCCCGAGUCGGACGAGGCUGGUCCCUCCGUGCCGUGGAUUUCGCAUCACCACCGCCACAGUCAGGAAGAGAGGUUGCUGGGCCGGGCUACGGUCACUAGGCUCACCUCGUUCAGGAACGACCGCGACUCUUCGCUCUACUCGGAAGUACACCGCGUCACGUGACCGCCUGGCAAUCGCGUCGCCGUGGAACUCUAGUGCAAAUUUUUCUACCGAGUCACGGGCUUCGACCGACCGCCCGUUGUUUGAACUUGGGAUGACUGAGGCACGCCUCGAAGUGACUGUCUUCGGUGCGUUGUUCAUCAGCGAAACCCCCACACUAGUCUCCAUCUUUCUGGCGCCGAGAAGCGACUCCCGGCAAAAGAAAAUGGCUGUCUGCUUUGUCACGUGCGUAAAUAGGUGUGACCAAGAACUACUUGUUUUGCAUCAUUGCCAACGUAUGGUUCAACGGUGUUUAUAUUCGUCAUUGUCUGCUUCCUUGCUGUGACAGAAUCUCUCACUGAAGUCAUCUUUUGAUGAUAAUGGGGAUGAUGGUGAUCCUCUAGAGUGGCACAUUACUAGCCCAGAAAGUGGAUUGCAUGAGGAAACAUAAGACCAACUAGUGCUGCAACAAUAGGACCACUUCCUUCUUCUUUUCUGAUGAUCGCCAUCGUUCUUGUUUUAGUGUUCUGUUCAGUGACAAAACGUGUCGGCACCGCUGAUUUUGAAAAGCCGCUCGUAGCGCCAAGUUCGGCCGCAUGAGCAAGUAGGGUGCCAAUCUCGGGAUCAAAAGGGCCAUAAAAUUGCAUUUCUGGCUCGACGAAGAGCAAGAAACCUUGCUCGUUUUACGAGAAACAUUGUCGCGACAAAUUUUUGCCUCUUGACAGCUACUUGGCAAAAUUUUCUGAUAGGUUACCCAAUACUGGGUGUAUGACUUAUGGUAUGUCACGUUCCAAUGAUUCAAUGCGUGCUUAGACGGUGGUCAUUGGGGAGAGCUCUUCAUUAAUAUGGUACAUUUAGGAUUUCUUAGGAAUGUCGUUAUCUAUUGCCUUUCAACUGAGUUUUUGUUCCCUUACGUAAACUUUCCAUUGAGAUACAAUUGAAUGCUGAGCAUUACUUUGGCAACGGCUCAUUAACAUGCACAUAUUAAUAUAAGAAAUAUACAUAAAUUUGUGUUUUUGCAGUCGCCCUCUCAUUGCAAUCCAGGCACCUGUCAAGCCCAAGGCCUCGUUCUCAGCAGCAUAAUGCCACAUCUACUUAAUUUCUUGAGUAGUUGAGAUUAUUUCGUCAUUCAAGACAUGAAGAAGUAUUCAAUUAUUGAAAGCAGAUAAACACGGCUUUUUCUCUUUUUUUGCGCUGGGAUUCAGACCGUAUCUCGGCAAUUCAAGUGAUGACCCAUUUGCUCAAGCCCCCGAAAAGCUUAUUUUGAAGAUAUGCAACAUUUUCACAUGAUGCCGUUGCCUCCAGAGUGCUGCAGUUUAUUGCAGUUUAUGGAAUGCUGUAAUAAAGAGGCUUUUACAUGAUCAACAGCGUCAGUAGCGACAUCUUGUGCGGGUGUGUUCAACAAAAAAGCAUCAGGCAUACAUUCUGCUUUUUCAUGUUCUUGUCGCCGAACGGAAGGAAAACUGAAAGCAUUAAUUACAUUCAUUAUUAUGCUCCCGCCGAUAACUUUCGCUCCUGCUAUGAGGCAGAUAGGCUAUCAUAGAAACAACAGUUUUAUGCCUUCUUGUUAAACUCAAUGUCACAAGAUGGCAUCUCUAGCGCUGCCGCUUCAGGCCAAACCUUACGUGCUCCGCAAAUGGUAUAAGCACGAGCUGAAACUCUCCAAUGGUGGUCACAAAAUGCUUGGGACAUCUAAGCGUUUCUGUGUCCUUACAUGAAUGUUUUCAUAAGUACUGCUGCUCCUUCCUCUACUUACAGAUGAUAGCGAAUGAAGGAGCGUGUCCAUGUACGAACUCUUGUUAGUAUUUUAUGUAUAUUUGUAAAUAAUUUAACAAAAAAAUUUGGGAAGAGAAUCUUCCUUUCUGUGUCGUUAUUUACAAAUGUGUGUGUUUUAUUUGCUCAGCUGGCAAAAAAAAGUUCAUUAUGGGUACACGUGGGCAGAGGUUGUCUUGUACUUUCAGUUGCAUUUUCCUCGACGAAGAAUACCAAGUUUGUCAUAAAUAUGCCUCUCAUUUUUAUUUAAUUGUACAGUUCAACAUAAAAAAAGUUAAUUGGCUUCAUUGUCUGUUAGCUUCAUAUGUUUGUUAGAGACUUUUUUUUCACUAUCUGUCGCAUGUUUCUGGUCGGCAUUUGUUGCAGCUGUCGCGUCAUUGUUUUUUGCCACACCAAGUUGUUCACAAACGCAAUGACCAGUUUGCACGCGACCAAUGUACGCGCUCGAAGAACGUGUACAAGCUCACAAUAAAAUUGAUCUCAU